AUGCCCCUGAACCGCAUGUCCUGGGCGGCGAUUCCAUAUCACGGGACGGGGGAGGCCAUUCAUUCAUCCCCUGCGUUUCGCCUGCCUCAAACGGGUGACACGCCUUCCGCACCGGAUAUGGGUGCGGCUGACACCAGCGACGGUGACAUCCAUCGACAGCGAUCUUUCUUCUCUACACGACAGAGUUUGAAUCCAACUCCGGGGGCAAGAAGGCAAAUGUCACCUCAACUCAGGAUGCGACCAGACACGUCCUUGGCCAGCCUUACCAGUGCUGCCAUCAUCGCAUCUCUCGCGAUUUCAGGACUCGUUAGCAGCGUUAGUGGAGUCUGGACGUGCCCCAGCGAGCGAGAGCCCUUCUGCUGUGCUAUGCACUCGAGGGUCAAUGAUACGUCAGAUGCGUUUGUUGGGACGGGGUGCGUUGAUGCACCCAGAAACGAUAACUGCACUAAUGGGAUUCCUGUUGAAUGUUGUAAGCCGUUGACACCAGAAUCACCAAAGUAUUCCUGCUCAGCAUCAAAUGCAAAUGAGAGGUUUUAUUGCGAUAGCAAGGCCAUCGGAUACGCUACUUGA